GCAGAGAGAGAAGAAAAACGAAAGUGGCGGGUGUAGAAAAGCAAAGAAGCUUGAUUCAAAGCAAGAGAGCUUUAUUCCACUCUCGAAGUUAAAUGAUCGAAACAGUAAGUAUAAAACUAUUGCUCUCCUCUUAUAAUCGCUUACUCAGGAGUUUGCUCUUUAUUCAGUCAUUCUCUCAAACACUUUCUAUGCAAUUGACAAAUGUGGGGAAUUAGGUUUACAAGAUCGAAAGUUUAUGUUUUUUCAGUUUUUGCAAAGAUCCAUUUAAGAACAAUUCAUUUAAAACCAACCCAGUAUCGAAAUCCCAUCUUUGAAACAGUAGGAACAACAAGAACAGUAGCUAAUACCAACCCCAUGAAUUUUUGCUUCCCGUUUCAGUUAUUUUCUUUUUGUACUUCAAAUAUUGGUUUCCCAAGUGGACCAAAGAUUGAAACUUUUGAUGAAAAUGGUGAUAAUGAUAAUGAUGAUGGUGAAGAUAGUGAGAAUUUUGAUGGCAAUAGUGUAAAUGGAUCAAGUUUAAGCGAUGAGGCUGUUCAGGAUGUGAAGGCAAUUAUGGACGUAAUCUGUGAAACAGGUAGUAAUUAUGUUGAAAUGAAGAAUAAGCUUGAGCGCUGUAUUAUAAGGGUUUCCUCCGAGUUGGUGGUGGAGAUUCUCUCUCGAAUUCGGAAUGAUUGGGAAGCGGCAUUUACGUUCUUUUUAUGGGCUGGGAAACAGCCGGGUUAUGCACAUUCGCUGCGUGAAUGCCAUUCGAUGAUUUCUAUUCUAGGGAAGAUGAGGAAGUUUGAUACUGCAUGGGCGUUGAUUGAUGAAAUGAGAGGAGGUUGCGCAGGCCCUUGUCUUGUAACACCGCAGACUCUCUUGAUCAUGAUAAGGCGUUACUGUGCUGUGCACGAUGUGGGGAGGGCUAUAAAUACUUUUUAUGCGUAUAAAAAGUUUAAAUUUGAUGUGGGGAUUGAGGAGUUUCAAAGUCUGUUGUCUGCUCUUUGUCGAUACAAAAAUGUGCAGGAUGCUGAGCAUCUGAUGUUUUGUAACAAGGAUGUCUUCCCAUUUAAUAUUAAGAGUUUUAAUAUUAUACUGAACGGAUGGUGUAAUGCAAUUGGUAGUCCACGUCAGGCAGAGAGGGUUUGGAGGGAGAUGAGCAAGAGAGGUGUUCAACAUGAUGUUGUGUCAUAUGCAAGUGUCAUGUCCUGCUACUCUAAAGCCUGUAAUCUUCACAAGGUACUUAAGCUCUUCAGCCAGAUGAAAAGAAUGGGGAUUGAACCAGAUAGGAAGGUUUACAAUGCAGUCAUCCAUGCUCUUGCAAAGGCUAGGCAUGUAAAAGAGGCUAUCAAUCUUCUGAAAACUAUGGAAGAAAAAGGUAUUGCUCCAAAUGUUGUUACUUAUAAUUCACUGAUCAAGCCUUUAUGCAAAGCCCGGAAGAUAGAUGAGGCUAGACAAGUCUUUGAUGAGAUGUUGCAAAGGGACCUCUCACCUACAAUUCGGACCUACCAUGUUUUCUUUCGUAUUCUAAGAAAUGGGGAAGAAGUGUUUGAGCUCUUGGAGAAGAUGAGAAAAAUGGGCUGUCAACCAACCAAUGAUACUUACAUCAUGCUGAUAAGAAAGUUUAGUCGAUGGUGCCAGUUUGAUAAUGUCUUCAAGCUGUGGAAUGAGAUGACUGAAAACGGGGUUGGUCAUGACCGCAGCUCAUAUAUUGUGUUGAUUCAUGGGCUAUUUUUAAAUGGAAAGCUGGAUGAAGCAUACAAAUAUUAUAUAGAGAUGAAGGACAAGCAGUUCUUGCCAGAACCAAAGAUAGAUGAGAUGCUUCAGGCGUGGGUUUCUGGUAAGCAAUUUGCAGAGCGCCAAAUGGCUGACCUGAAGAAUAAUCAAUUACUAGAUAAUCAGUUGGAUGAACGGGUCGGAGUUGAGUGGAAGAAAUAUGAUCAGGAGAAAGAUUUUCUCAGGCUACCUGAAACCAGAAAAGUUAUCAGAGAAAGGGGCUUUUCAUUUUGGGAGCAAUCAGUUCCCAUGUAACCAUAAAACUUCACAAUAUGUGCUUUUUGUAUGAGACUUUAGGCUUCAACACUGAGUUUCCUUUUGAUACCUUUCAGUGCUUGACAUUCUCCAUCACCAACAUCAAUACAGGGCGCCUCAUUGCCUUGCAACUAUUUGAUAAUGCUGUCUAAUAUUGUGGUUGAGAACUAUUAUUUUCGAAUCAUGAAUAACUGGCUCUAAACAUGCCCUGAUUCAAAUUAAUUGGGUCUUACCCCAUGAAGGGCAUCUGUUUGUCUACGUCAAAUGCGCAGGAUAUGCUUUUGUGGAUGGUAAGAUGUUGCAUGUUAUUUUGCUGCUCAUCAUAACUGUUUCUGGAUCUAAAAACUGUAGUUGGCCUGAUUUGAACUAUGAUUUUCUAUGAAGCUAACAUACAAAUGUGGUUACUUAGUCUUAUGGGCCUUGAGCAAGAGUGCUAGCACAACCAUUGGUCCUGGCAAAGGAAGAAAUGGAUACUGUUGGAUAGAUAUCUAUAACUCUACUUUUGCAAUGUCUUAGCCAUGAAUACCAAGUUUCUGGAUUGUUGGCAGUUCCGUCGUUGCGAGCUUCAUCACUGUCUGUCAUGCUGAUUAUACUGCUCCUAGUAGUACAACCUUCUCUUCAUCAAUGGCAGAGUUACUUAGUUUUCCCUACAUUCUUUCAGUUCAAAAUUGCACGUUCAUCUGGGGUAGGAAGUAAAGCUACCCUGGGCCUAUGUUAAGCUAAGGAUGAACUUUGAAAAGGAGGGGAUAACCAUGUGAUUGCUCCUUUUCUUUUCCACCAUUUGGUUGGUCUUAAAUUUUUCCUCUCCCUACAUGUAAAUCAAAAGUCAAGGUUCUCACAACUAAGUAAAGAGAUGCUAUUGACCGUUUUUAUCAGCAAUCAAGGAGCUGAACAAGUUACCUAGUACAUGGAAACUAAAGGAAGUUGAGGGCAAGAAAGCUUGAAUUCCCAGGUACUUUUGUUUUACGUCAUAUAUGACAUAAGAUUCAAAGCAUGAAUCCUAUUCUUUGCAUGAGAACAUACUGAACGUAAAGCUCAUCAGCCAAACAAAAGCAUCUUUGAAGGAUAAAUAUCAGAGUCUCCAAAAAAAAAUUUGUGGAUAAUCAUAAACUCCUUUUGUCAUACUUAUUAUUCUUUAGCAUAUGCCCCUAUACCCCAUCUCUCUUUCUCCUGUUUGUCUUAUUCGUCCUCCUUUUGUCCCAAUUUGGCACCUCUCCAUUGAAGAUCAACCACCUUUUGGCUUC